AUGACGACGGCAUUGGCUGCGCAGCUGGCGCAGAUCGCUGCGAACUCGAAAUCCUCUCUCGACGUGAGAGCGCAAAAGGCUGCCCACUCCAAGUCUUUGAUCUUUGAGCCGCGCAUUGCGGCUUCGCAAAACUUCCAGACUCUCUACGGCAUCUGCCAUGCGGGAUUCGAGGAGCUUUGUCAGCUGGAUUCCCGGUUCAUACCUUUUGGGAAAACACUGUUCAGCGAACAGAGCCAGUACGAGGAUCGCAGUCAGAUGACCGAAGCCGAAAAUGCCGAGCUCGACAAGAAGACCGACGCCUUCCUCCGCCUCGCCGGGGGGCGGCUGCGGCUCAUGCCUACUAUUAAGGCAAUAGAGUGGCUUAUAAGGAGGUUCAGGAUACACGAACACAACACGACCAUGCUUCUCACAAGCUUCUCGCCCUAUCAUACCAUUACGGCCUUUGUGACACUCCUUUCCAUACUACCUGCCGAUCUGCCGCACGUAUACAGAUUCCUGGACCCAUACGUCAAGUCGUUGACCCAUCCACCGAGGUCCAUUCUCGUCCACCAAGCCACGCACAACCCCGACUUCCUCGCGACGAUAUCCGCUUUCACGCUGGACACUUGCAGAGCGCAACAGCAGUACCCUGCACUGAUCUCUUUCUGGGGUGGCAUAAUGGCCGAGUCCGUCAAUGGCAUGCUGGACAGGAUGCGCUCCGGGCGCCGAAGCAUACAGAAAAGCAAUGACCAAAACCUAUUGCACCAGAUAGGGCCUACCAUCAGCGAUGCAUUGAUAAUGUCCAAGGCUCCUGGCCUACAAGUAGCCUGCUACAUGGUUGUUGCUGUUUUUGUAGCAAAAGGUGACCUUGACGACGCCGCCAUCAGUGCGCUGAUGGAACAGCUCGUCAGCGGAUGGACCGCAGAAUCUCUCCGCCCAGGUUUGGUCUGUCUGUCCAUGCUUGCCCACUACCGAUCUGCGAAACAGAUGUCGGGAAGGGUCACGAAGGCUUUGCUGAAGGUUCAAAAUCUGCCCGCUCUGCUCUCUGAGAUUGGGAAGGAACAUGAUAUAGGGAAGUUGACGAAUGGUCUGUGUCUUGCGCUGAUAGACCGAGUCUACAAGAAGGGCGACACCAAAGGACUGGCAAUCAUCGAGUUUCUUCUGCUCGCGUCUGUUCUCAACGAACAACAGACGGCUGCUGUUUUCAAGUCUUUGUUACUGGCAGCUUACAAAGUCGACGAUCAGGUUAAUGAGCAGGGCCAGCUCCGCAAGGACCUUGCGUCGACGAUCAUCAGGCUGUCCCAGGUGGAAACAACUGUCAGGGGCAUCUUCAUGCAGGCAAUCGACGAUACAGAUGUUGAUCUGGAUGCGCUGGAGAUGAGGCUCGAUAUACAGCUCCGAUCCCGAGCCUUGCCCGAACCGUCCGGCGAAGAUAUCGAGAUGAAAGAGAACGGACUAGCUCCAGCGAACGGUGAGGACUUUGAGACUGCUCUCCAGCGAGUCAGCAACAUCAAGCCCACAUCGACAAGCUCAUGUCUCCGAAGAGAUUCCUCGGACAUGUUCACAGAUUUGUGCUCAGUUUUCCUCUCUGGUCUGGCUGAAUCAGAGAACGUUGCGACUUUUGACAAGGUCACACCUCUGCAGCGAGACCAGGCGAAUAAGCGCGCAUUUUACUUUACUUUCCUCAUGCGAGUCUGGUGUGGCCCGUAUCCCACUUUGGCCCGUGUUGGGGCUCUGGAGCUGGCUAAGGAUCGCCUGAAGCAGGAUGACUGUAAGGGUAUCGAUUUUCAAGCUAUCCUUCCGUAUACCAUCUCGGCUCUGAAUGAUCCAUCUAAGAAGGUCCGGCGUGCAGCUGCAGACAUAAUCACAGUCCUGGACAACCUGGUCACCGUGGAUGCCAAAGCAGAGAAGCAAACGUGGGCGCGCGAUCACCUGUACGACAACACGGAGACCCUAGAGUGGAUGUCUCCAGAUAUUUACCACAAGUUUCUACGGAACAUUGUUACCCCUUCUCUUGAAGAAUGCAUUCUCAAUGCCGAGACUAUCAUUGAGAUUGUACAGCGGGCCUUGAACAGUUCAAAGGCUUCGGACGACGAUGUUGACAAGGACAAAAGAAGUCAUCUCUCCCAUGGAACGCGUCGCUCUGUCUUGAUUUUUCUGGCGUCACAUGCUGUCAACACCCCUCUCGUCUCCCUUAAACUCCGCCUCCUCGCAUCAUUGAACAAGGUCAAAGGGGUAUCGGGGACUUCUCGCACGCAGCUCCUCCUCCCAUUACUCAAGCAGUGGUCCUCGUUAUCUGCUGGCGAAGUCAGCCGCGCCUGCUUACAGGAGAAACUUGACGAGCCAGUGGCCGACCAAAGCAUGGUUAAGGUGGUGCUUCCGAAUGACAAAGAUGGACUUGAAUACCUCAUGAGCCUUGUGCAGGGGGGGGAGCUUCUCACAAGGACGCAUCUCCUGAAUGCUAUCUUUGUGCACAUCGAGAAGAUGUGGCCGUCCAUGAAAUCAGAGGCAAGGGAUAUGGUGGCUAGACAAAUGCUCGCAUUGUCGCAGAAAGAAUGGUCAAACGAACGAACUCUAGCGUCUAGCAAGGCAACCGAGCUAUUGACGGAUAUCGAACUCACGACUGACAUCUUGCUGUACUUCCUGGAGUCUCUGCAGCCAACAGCCAAAAUGGCAACGGAACCGCCCCCUGGUAAGCGAAGGAGAACUAGCUCAUCAGAAGCGCACCGAGGCAUCGGUACACAAGCCACCCCCGAGAUAACCUCGACACUCAAGCAGGUGACAUUUGUACUGCAGCUUGUUGAUGGGUCGCAUCCGGAGAAACACCCAGAGUUACUGAACGCCCUCUUCAGUGCGCUCUCGGAACUUCAACAUUUUAGGGUUCUGGUGGGUUCGGAGCUGGGAUAUCUUCAAAACCUGGUGCUGAAAAGUCUGUUGGCUAUGGUUCCUGCUUACAAGGACAACCAGAACCUCAAGAUCGACAACACGGGCGGACAUGGCGACCUUCUUGUGAACUGCAUUCAGAAGUCAUCAAGUCCACACGUUCAAAGCACCGCGCUCCUUCUUGUCGCAAGUCUUGCGAAUGUUGCGCCCGAUCUGGUCCUCAAUAGUGUGAUGCCAAUCUUCACGCAAAUGGGGAGUUCGGUUCUUCGACAAAACGAUGAUUACUCUGCACAUGUUAUCAAUCAAACGGUCAAGGAGGUCGUGCCACCACUUAUCCGAUCGCUUCGGAAAGGGAAAAUCAGUCCUCUGGCAGGUGCCUCGGAACUUUUCCUCAGUUUUGUCACUGCCUAUGAACACAUACCAUCACAUCGAAGGCUCGGGCUGUUCGUCUCCCUGGUAGAGACUCUCGGGCCUGAAGAAUUCCUCUUCGCCCUAUUGGCCAUGCUCAUCAAUAUGUAUGGCACCACCGAUCAGAUUCUAUCCUUUUCCACACAACUGUUCAACCAUUUCACAGUUGAGAUCGAGCUGCAGUCUCUGAUCAGACUCAUAAACCUCAUUGGCGAUAUCUUUCAGCCCAGGCCUGCGCUUUCUUCGGUACUCCUCACCACGAGCGAACAAGGAGAACGGGACCCUCAGAAAAUUGGACUUCAAGAGCUGAGCCUGCUUCCACAGCUUCUCUCCAGCAGGAAGCUGACAGCACACAUCCGCAAGCUCACUGAGCGGGACGACAUGGGAGCUUCCAAAAUCCGUGAGCUGUACUCAACAUUGUUGGAAGAUCUUUUGACUCUCGCCGAUUCGUUGAAGCUGCAGAAACCUCUACACAACCGGUGCGGAGAUGCGCUUUCUAAGCUUCUAAACCUGCUCUCUAUCGGAGAAUUCGUCAAAGCGGUUGAGACGUUACUUGACCGACCAGACUCAGUCCUGCGCCGAAAGGUGCUGAGAGCUGUGGAAGUGAGAAUCGACCAAGAGUCUCAAGGGGACGCCAACUCCAGAGCAGCGUUGCUUGCGUUCCUACCACAGCUCACGGCCAUAAUCAGGGUGGCUGACGAUAUAGCUUACAAGCACAUCGCUGUAGGGUGCGUGGACAAGAUAUCCGAGAAGUAUGGCAAGAAGGACCCAGAGGCGGUUGCUGCCGCCGCAUCAACCAUUGCUGGGGAUCAAUGUCUCGGCCAAGACGACAUUCGCCUUCGCGUCAUGGCGUUGUUGUGCUUGGCUUCCUUGGUGGAUGUGCUUCAGGAUGGCAUAGUCCCUGUCCUGCCGUCGGCCAUUCCAAAAGCACUGUCGUAUGUGACCGAAAGCAUCGACAGUGGAAACAAACACACGGAACUUCACAACGCUGGGUUUGCCUUUGUGACAGCACUCGCACAGUACCUACCAUACAUGCUGUCAGGGUCAUAUCUGGGACAGAUCCUUGCAGUCUCGAAUGCAUCUGCUAAGGCUAGCCUGAGUGCCGAGGCCAACGACGCUCGUCUUCAGUGCCUCCAAUUUAUCGCCAAACAGGUCGAUGCGAAACCCAUGUUCGGGGCUCUAGAGCAAAACUGGUCCUCAGCUGCCGAUUCUGGCUACACGGCUACCCAAGAAUAUCUCAAUGUGCUUGGCAUAUCGAUUGGCAAGCACUCAAGGGCCGACAUCUCCAAGAACGUUGGCACACUUUCUGCUAUCUUCCUCCAAGCGUUUGAUCUUCGAAGGCUGCAACACUCCAAAGAAGAUACUGCAGAUGAUAUCAUAUCGAAUUUGCCUCGAAUUGAAGCAACGACCAACGACGUUGCACUGAGCAUGGUUCACAAGCUGAAUGAUGCAACCUUUAGACCAAUAUUCUCUCAGUUGAUCGAUUGGACAACUGCUUUGCCGAAGAAGGACACGGUCGGCAGAAACAUGCGUCUUCUCAGCGUCUACGGCUUUUUGGCGUCCUUCUUCGACAGCCUGAAGACCAUCGUUACGAGUUACGCAGCCUACAUCAUCGAUAGUGCCGUUGCUGUGCUCAAAACAGCAAACCCGAAGAACCCGGAGGAAUACGACUUGUGGAAGCAGGUGAUCCAAGUUCUUGCCAAAUGUUUCGAAUACGACGAUGCCGACAACGGAUUCUGGCAAGCCCCGGCACAUUUCAACGGAGUGGCGCCCGUGCUUACUGCCCAGUUUGCCCACGCUUCCUCGAUUGACUUGACAAGUGACCUCAUCCCGGCCCUAGUGGAACUCGCUGGAAAGGCGGGCUCCCAAGAUCAUAGAAAGAAAAUGAAUGGCGAGCUUCUGGUACACUUGCGAUCCGAGCAGGCGUCUGUGCGUCUCGCGGUAGUGAAGUGCGAGCAGGCGAUCGCGCUCACGGAUAGGGAUAGAGUCAACGAAGACUGGCUCACCAUGUUGCCAGAGAUGUUGCCAUACAUCAGUGAGCUCCAGGACGAUGACGACGAGGAAGUGGAAAGAGAAACGAACCGCUGGAUUGUGGCAAUCGAGGGGGUUUUAGGAGAGAGUUUAGACACCAUGUUGCAGUGA